UUUGUUCCCUGCUUCUUUGGCUCUUCCCCAACACCAGUUUAUAUCCUUAUGAAUUUUUCCUUUCCUUUGCAGAGAAGUCACCUAUGGAAACCCUUGACUGCUUCAGUGACUAUGUGUCACACACAGCCUGCACCUGGAAUGAAAGCCGGGAUGCAAGGAACUUUGUCAAGAUGAAGCUUCUUCAUAGCGACACAUAUCAGAAUAACCUCACACAGAUGACAUGUCAUUCCAAAGAAGAAGACUCACAGAUACAUUGGAGCUGCCACAAAAACCAGACAAUUUUCAAUGUCUGGUUGAAUAAUAUCUUCAUUUUCAAACCAGAUCAGGAACUGAAAGUCCGGGUGAAUGUCAGCCUCUUUAAUAAUGUACGACCUCCUCCACCCCAGGUUCGAGAUGUUGUUGUCACAAAGGAUGGUGACUACCUAUUGGCUUGGGAAGCAGGGGGUGGAACAAAUAAAAGACAUUGGCUGGAUGGAGCCCUGGACUUUGAAGUGACCUACAAAAGGCGCUGGGAACUCUGGGAGGAUUCCACCUCUGUCUUGAUGCCAAACACCUCCAGGUGCCUUUUCCUCCACGAUGACCUUGUGCCUGGGAGCCCCUACGUUGCUCGUGUUCGAAGCAAACCAAGACAAGGCGGUAGUCUUGUUGGCCGUUACAGUAAAUGGAGCCAUGAAGUCUAUUGGGAGACACCGAAAACAUGGAGAGAAGCGCAGCCCAAGAACCUCCAAUGUCUAUUUAAUGGCAUUGAUCAGCUAAAUUGCAGCUGGGAGGUGCGUCAAGAGGUCACCAGUUCAGUCUCAUUCACACUCUUCUACAAAGCCAGCCCAGAAACAGGAGAGAAGGAAUGCUCUCCAGUCCUUCAAAUGGAAUUGCCUUCCACCCGAUAUGUCCUGCAAAGCUGUGAGAUCAAUGUCACCAACCCCAAGAAGAUAAGCCAAUAUAUUGUGACUGUGCAGCCAAAAGAGGAAGAGAAAGUGAUGGAGGCAGCAAAACACAUCAAGGCAGCCCCACCUUUCAAGCUGUCUGUGUCAACCCAGGACAACAAGGAGUACAGCCUCAAAUGGGAAGUUAGGAAUUCAACUCUGCGAAUUCCAGAGACAUAUCAAAUCUCAUACUGGAAAACCGGAAAGCUUUCAGAGGACCAUUUGGGCAACAGUGACGACAAAUGGUUCACCUUCCCCUCAGAGUUGCUGGAACAGGACACAAGUUACACAGCAAAGGUGCGGGCAAAAGUCCGUGGUUACUCAUAUGAUGGUCCAUGGAGUGAAUGGAGCAAGGAAAUUGACUGGAGAACACACAAGGUUGUGCCUCCUUGGAGCAUUAUACUGAUUGCAGCAAUCUCGGUCAUUGUGAUGAUGGCGGGCAUGUGCUUCUGCCAUAGUUAUUUUCUCAGGAAGAGCAAGAAUUGGAAGGAAGCCAUCCCACACCCUCCCAAGGCGCUUCUUCUCCCAAACCUUUUCCCGAGACUAGAGUUGCUGAAUGGCUCAGAGGACAGUAGAAGCCAGAGCUCUGGGGAGGAAGUCAACAGCUGUACGUUGGAAAGGCUGGUUAGUCACCCAGAGCCUCUUGAAGCCUCCACUUCAGGGAAAACAACACCACAUUCCACGGCCUUCCAGGAUGUGAAAGGAACAGAACCUCCUGUGGCCAAUGCCUGCCAAUUUUUGGAUCAGCCCGACAAGGCACUCUGUAGCCACAAGGCUCGGAAGUUUGAUUUUGAUGGCCCAUACUUACUCUUCCCACCAGAGUCCUGUCCGCCUGAGAACCAGAAGGACUCGGAAGUUGCCUCUUUGGAAAGGAAAGAGAUGCCUGUGGCUCCGCAAUUUGUGGGACUGCCUCAUUGCUGUACUUUCCAGCAGCUUCCACCUGUGGGGAAAGAGAAAGAGCCGCCAGCGUCUCCUGCCCUUGUCCGAGAGCAGGAGAAACAACAACUUCUUCAAAGGCAAGAAAGCCGAGUGGCAAGUGACAGGUUGGAGAAGGAGGCAAAUGAAUGUUUGAGGUCACAAAGUCUUACUAGCACGAAGAACCAUGGUCAAAAUGAGUCCUUAGACUACAUUGCCACAGAAGAUCUAUCGCUAAGUAAAGAGAGGGACUUCUUGUUCCCCUCACCUCUGUUGGGCUCAAAGGCUGGAAGCCUUCUGUGUUCUGGGAUGGCCACAGCUGGCUCACAACUGACCCCAUCCAAGGAUGAUAUCUCAAGCUCACAGCUGGUCCAGAAGAAGGAAGCAGGUCCUGGGCACCCAGCUAAUGCUCCAGUCGUGUCCCAGGACUCAUUUAGUGACUACGUCACCAGCAUGCCCCAAACCCCAAGAUCCGUGCCAAAGGAAGGGCUUCCUUUCUCCCUAGAUGAGCCUAAACACAAGGGCUUCCUUUUAUUCCACCCUGGUGGCAACAGUAGCCCAGUUUUAUUAAGCCAGGUAGGUGAAUACUGUUUCUUUCCUGGCUCCAAGACCAUGGCGGAAGCCUCUAAGAGUCAAGCAGAAUCCGUACGGCAGCAACUAUCAGAAGUUAGUCAGAAAGGCACCAAGCCUCUCUGUGAGGACAAGCAUUUUGGGAACAAGCUGCAGACCACCCCUGCCCUGUGCCAAGACUUAAGAGUGGGUAUGCCUCACGCACAUGCAUGAACAUCAUUCUGUUGUCUUUCCUUUUGUCACUAGUAUUGAGCUUUCCUCCCAUUGUGAAAAGCAGAGGGGGGGGUGCUUGUGUGUGGUCCCUUCCAACUCUACAAUUCUUUGAUUCUGUAGGAAUGGCAGCAGGGACAAGAGCCCCCCUCCUCUCACAACACAGACUUGUUUGCCCUAAAAAGGGAUAAAUCUGUCUGUUUCAGUGUCUCCCCAGUUCUCAUUUUUUCCAGUCUUCAGUUCUCCACAGCUUCAUAUCAACGUGUGAUUUAUUUAUGUAUUUU